UAUAUAUUAAAUAAAACAUUGACGUUGAGAGACAGUGGAAGUUCAAAUUAUGGCUAUUGUGUUAACACUCAUUUGCAUGUGCUGCGUGUUAUGCACAAGCUCGCAGCACAUCUAUUUUAAUGAAAAAUACGACUGUAAUAAUGAUGAAAAAAGAAUGGAAGAAAUUCAAAUGCUUCACACGCAGCAAACCAAGCUUCGCUAUGAACUGGACGAACUACGUCAAGAAAACAAGGAAAACAGAGCUUUGUUGACAAAUUGUUCGUCGAUAGCAAAGGAAUUGAAGGUUUUGGAAACAAAGAAUUAGAGACUAGAACAAGAUUAUGUUCAACUUCAGCAAGAGCUAAGUGCAAUCAAUGACAGAAUAAGUGAAAACCAGAAUAUGACUCUUGCAAACACCCGAAGACUGAAUGAUUGUCCUGUUCUGUUUGACUGUUACGAUAUCUACAACUGUGGUGUAAGGAAGACUGGAAUUUACAGAAUAUACCCUUACAUAAAAGUCAACAACUUGACUUCCGUUCUGGUGAUGUGUGACAUGGAAUCAUCUGGAGGUGGUUGGACGGUCAUUCAGCACAGGAAUCGAGAUAAUCCACUUGUUAAUUUCAACACAACCUGGGAUGAAUAUAAACGAGGUUUUGGGGAUAUUAAAGGAAAUUAUUGGCUUGGAAACAACGCAAUUCAUAAGCUGACCACAACCUACAACAACUCACUGUAUAUCAGAAUGGAAUCUACAGGGAAAAAGUCAUAUGAAAUGCAAUAUUCAUCAUUUUCCAUCUCUGAUGAAACUGAUGGUUACAGACUUUCUCUUGGGGAGAAAUCAGGAAAUAUUGCUGAUAACUUCAGAUUGGGGCACCCUGUGGUGAACCAUACCUUUUCUACGUUCGAUCAUGACAGAAACAGGUGUGCAGCUAAGUGUGGAUCUGGAUGGUGGUACUAUCACUGUACUCUGUCAAAAGAAAUAAAAGCCUUGGAAUCAAAAGAUCAGGAGCUUAAAGAAGGUGAUAUCAGAAUUCAACAAGAACUGAGUAAUAUGAAUAAUAGAAUCAGUGAAAAACAGUUUGAUACCUUUAAGAAAGAAGAUAUAAACAGCUUACGGAAUGACACCUUUACUCUGAACCAGUUGUUUGAUACAUUGUCAAAGGAGAAAAACACAGUGGAAAGUAAGUUACAUCGGAUGGAAAAGGAAAUAAAAUCCUCAAACAUUGAGGCACGUCUUAAUGUGAUUGAAAACACUUUCUGGAACUUUUCCCACUCCCUUGGGAAAGCAUUGGAUGAUAUCCGUGAGGAUCAGAAUGCCACAAAUAUACAGUUACUGAAAGUGUCUCCUAUAUUUCAGUCAGAGCCUGGGAAUCAGGAAAUGUAG